CAGCCUCAGCAUCCUCCUCCUCCUCCCAGAAGAGGAAGAUAUCCUGCCGGCGUGUGCGUGGUGUGUUUUUGUGCGCUGCCAUGGUGGAAAUGACGGAUGUCGUGUGCCUUCUCGUCCCGCUGGCGAUGCUGGCGGUUUCCACCUUUCAGACCGAAGUGAAGAGCGUCAAAGAGGCGGAAAAAACGGGCAAUUUCAUGGAGGACGAACAGUGGCUGUCCACCAUUUCACAGUACAGCCGCAAGAUCAAGCACUGGAACCGCUUCAGAGACGAGGUAGAGGAUGAUUACGUGCGCACUUGGGAUGAAAAUCAAAGUUCUAAUGACAAUGUAGACACCACCAAGGACCCGUGUCAAAAGGUUAAGUGCAGCCGACACAAGGUGUGCAUCGCUCAAGGCUAUCAGAGAGCUGUGUGCGUCAAUCGCAAGAAGCUGGAGCACAGACUCAAGCAGCCAGCUCUGAGGUCUCCUGAUGGGAACUGUCAGCCGUGUCCCAUCUCCUCCAGCGGGCCUGUGUGCGGCUCCGAUGGACACAACUAUGCCUCAAAGUGCAAACUGGAGCAGCAGGCAUGUCUUGUAGGGAAGGAGCUUACGCUGAAGUGCUCAGGCCUGUGUCCCUGUCCAGCCACCUCCCCCAUGCCAAAGGAGACUAAACGUGACAGCUGUACUGGACAAGAUCUGGCUGAUCUUGGUGAGCGUCUGAGGGACUGGUUCCAACUACUGCAGAACAACGCCAAGCAGAACAACAACAGCAAGCCUGGAGCCAAAACCACUGCAGCCAACACCGCAUUGGUGCUGGACAGGAGCCUGGUGGCCAGCUGUAAGGACUCCAUAGGCUGGAUGUUUUCCAAACUGGACACCAACAGUGACCUGUACCUGGACCAGGCUGAACUUGCUGCCAUCAACCUGGAUAAGUACGAGGUCUGCAUCCGGCCUUUCUUCAACUCCUGCGAUUCCUACAAGGACGGCAAAGUCUCCACUGCCGAGUGGUGCCUGUGCUUCUGGAGAGAGAAGCCACCCUGCCUGGCUGAACUUGAGAGGAUCCAAGUACUCGAUGGAGGCAAGCGGAAGUUUGCAGGCCGAUUCAUCCCGAGCUGCGACGAGGAUGGCUACUACAGAAAGCAGCAGUGUGACAGGGGAGAGUGUUGGUGUGUUGACCAAGAUGGAGCAGAAGUAGCAGGGUCGAGGAUUCGUGGAAAGACAGACUGUGAUGAGGAAAUGGCAUAUUCAGGUGAUUUUGGCAGCGGGGUUGGGUGGGAAGAUGAGGAAGAGAAAGAAGCUGAGGAGAAUGCAGAAGAAACUGAAGAGGAAGAGGGAGAGGUGGAUGAUGGGGGGUAUAUCUGGUAAAAGUCUAAUCCAGUAAGUACAGGAGCAUUUUGAUGGUACACACAUACACAAAUACUGCAAAAAGACAGAAGUGUUGAAGCUCUCAGAACAACGCAAUUUAUAAAAACGUGGUUGAAAGGUUUGCACAGGUUGCGAAAAGGGUGAUGCAUAAGUUUUUUGCAUAAGAUUUUGACAUUAAAGGUUAUUCUUAAAAUUGGAAAAGGGUAACUAUCACUGUUUAGAAAUUUUUGGGGGUCUGGAGUCAGGAAUUUUUCCGUCAUACUUGUGAAUCUUUGUUCUAUUCUGUUGUAUGUCCUUUGAGCAGUUUUUAGCUGAUGCAUAAUGGAGAUUUUAAGCAACUGCAGGUGCUUGUUGUGUGCUUGCAUAUAAAUGGUGAUAGACUGGGUGCAUUUCAUAGUCUAAAUUGGCCAAUGUUUAGCUUGGAUUUCUGCAGGAAAUACAAAAUGGUGAGAGAAACCCACAUUAGAAUUUUGAAAAGCAUCCUUUGGCGUUACUGUUAUCAUGUAAUACGCUUCAUCUCAUAUGUGACAGUAGUGCUGUCUCAUGGGAAAAAAAAACCCAACACAUCACUCUUUAGCUUGUAUAUAAUAUGUGCAUCAGAAAACA